GUGCAGCUAAUCAUCAGCACCAAACAUGGACUCAACAAAAGGAUGUUUGUGUGUGAAAUUGUCUUGACAUUGACUCUGAAACAUUGAAACAACAGUCAUUAUGCAAUAAGUCUCAAUACAGGGUUUAUAGGUCAGGUAUGGUAUCACUCAGCAGUCUCACUUUCCAGAUAUUAUUCCUCAUAAUAACAGCACUCUUUCCAUGACCACUGGCGCCUCUGGACUUUUACUUUCAAAAGCUGAAUCCAAGUGUUUUAAUUUCAGUCAUAAUUCUUAGCUUUUUCUAACAAUUUCAUAAUUUUCCUUUUCUCCUUUUAACUCCACCUGUCUGCUCCCCACCUGCCUACUCCAUCCCCGCCCACUGUCCUGAUUGGACGACCCCUGACCCUAUUGACUCCACCCACGCCCCCUGUCUCUCACUUCCUGUUGGAGAUGGCAGAGUGCACUGUAGCGCCUGUAGCCAUGGAGGACUCUGACCACGAGGCUGACCUGCAGUCUGACUCCUCCGGCCCCGAGUCCCCUGAGCUCCAUCACCACCCCCCAGGCCUGCAGUUCUGUAGCCAAUCCAAGGAUGAGUGGGAGGAUUCCGAGCUGGAGCAGCUGAUGCGGGACGGCCCAAAGGCGGGGCAGGAGUCGGCUGGGGGCCCACGUAGCCCCCCCCUCGCUUUCCUGCUCCCCCCCGUGGGAGGGAGCUUCCCAGGGGCUGUAGAGUUCUGCCUGCCCCCCCCCAUCAGCCCCUCCCGGCCCAAGAGCCCCUGGGGCCGAUUUGACCCCUACGACUGCACAGAGGACAAUGAUAAGGAGUAUGUGGGCUUUGCCACACUGCCAAACCAGGUACAUCGGAAGUCUGUUAAGAAGGGCUUCGACUUCACACUAAUGGUGUCAGGAGAGUCUGGUCUGGGGAAAUCCACUUUGGUCCACAGUCUGUUCCUCACGGACCUCUAUAUUGACAGGAAACUGCUCACUGCUGAAGAGAGGAUCACACAGACUGUGGAAAUAACGAAGCAUACGGUGGACAUUGAAGAGAAGGGCGUCAAACUGAAGUUGACUAUUGUGGACACGCCUGGCUUUGGAGAUGCUGUCAACAACACUGAGUGCUGGAAGCCAGUGGCUGACUACAUUGACCAGCAGUUUGAGCAGUACUUCAGGGAUGAGAGUGGCCUGAACCGCAAGAACAUCCAGGACAACCGCGUGCACUGCUGCCUGUACUUCAUCUCCCCCUUCGGACACGGGCUCCGCCCCCUGGACGUGGAGUUCAUGAAAGCCCUGCACGAGAAGGUGAACAUCGUACCUGUUCUGGCCAAAGCCGACACCCUCACCCCCUCCGAGGUCAGGAAGAAGAAACUGAAGAUCCGGGAGGAGAUUGAACAGUAUGGAAUUAAAAUCUAUCAGUUCCCGGACUGUGAUUCUGAUGAGGACGAGGACUUUAAGCAGCAGGACCAGGAGCUAAAGGAGAGCAUCCCGUUCGCUGUGAUUGGAAGCAACACUGUGGUGGAGGCCAAGGGGAAGAGGGUCCGAGGGAGGCUGUACCCCUGGGGCAUCGUGGAAGUGGAGAACUCAGUGCACUGUGACUUCGUGAAGCUGCGGAACAUGCUAGUACGCUCGCACAUGCAGGACCUGAAGGAUGUGACACGGGAAACGCACUACGAGAACUACCGUGCUCACUGCAUCCAGAACAUGACCCGCAUGGUGGUGAAGGAGCGCAACCGCAAUAAGCUGACCCGGGAGAGCGGCACAGACUUCCCCAUCCCUGCCAUGCCUGCGGCCGACAGCGAGACGGAAAAACUGAUCCGAGAGAAAGACGAGGAGUUGCGACGGAUGCAGGAAAUGCUGCAGAAGAUCCAGGAACGGAUGCAAACUCAGAAAGAAGCCUAUUAACCCAACCCCCUCCUUCCCUGGCUGGCCAUGCCCAUGGCCCACCCUCCACACCUCCAUAACUCAUCUUCUGAGAAGCAGCGCUCCCGAACGAGGACCCCUCCCUCCCUGCUCUGACACCAUAACCUGGACCUGCCACCUUCUGCAAAGGUGCCCUACUACUCCUGCAGUUGGUGACAGGGUAUCUGAUGCGUGUCUGGACUUCUGUUCAGAUGCUCCGUCACUCUUGUGGUCCUGAGAGGACUAAACACACGCACCUGGGCAUAUCUACAUUCCCUGCCUGCUGUUUAACAGAUCUGUGAGUUAAGGGUUACACAUGGGAUCUGUCAGGUGAGGGUAAGGGUUACACAGGGGAUCUGUCAGGUGAGGGUUAGGGGUAAGGGUGAGUGUUAGUCAGGGGAUUGCAGGGGAUGCUACUUAAAUUCCUAUCAGAUUUUUUCACAUAUAAAACAGUAGAUGCUUACAUAAACAGAUGCAGUGAAUUUAUUUUUCUCUAAAAGAUACUAUUUUGUGUGCAAGAUGUUUUUGUUGUACUGUAUGAUAACAUGUAUGUUAUGUACUUUGUAUAUUCUGCAGUGUAUGGUGAAAAUUGGCACACGUGUUCUCAAGGAGUAUAUGAAUGUGUCCUAGCCACAGGAUUUUUAUGUUUAGUUUUUUCCAACAUUCAACUGAAGUACUGUAGCCCUCCCUCAUUAUUGUGCUUUUAUUUAAAGGGCUCAACUUGACAUUUAACACAAACGGGUCACAUUAGUAUUGAGCAUCUGGUGAUCGUGAGUGCAGUUCGUAUGUUUUUGGGCAGUUGGUACAAUUUCUGUUCUUUUGGCUCCGUCGUCCAACAAAUUGGAUUCAAAAUGAAACAAUAAAUGUGAGGUUAAAACACAAAAGUUCACAAGCCAACUGUCCAAUUACUUUUGGUCCCCUAAAAUGGGUGGGGGGAGGGGUCAAAUUAAAGCGACAGUGUGCACUUUAACCUCGCAUUUAUUGUUUAAUUUCAAAUCCAGUGUGUUGGACUUCAGAGUGAAACGAACAGAAAUUGUACCAUCUGUCCAUAUACAGACAUAUGGAAGGAACUGUUCCUAUAAUAAUGAAUAUGUCAGUUUAGUCAGAGAAGCUGUUCAUCGUUGCUCCAUUCACAGUCGAGACAUUCCCAUAAGACACUGCCAGACCAACACCCACACCUACAGACCCCACUCCCAACUGCACAGAGAUUCUCCAUGUCCUCUUCAGUGGAAUGAGUAGGGUGUCUGUCAUCGGUUGUAUUUAUUGGCAGAAAACCAUGAAGAAUUUGUGGACCAAGUUACAUUAGUCUGGAGGUAAUGAUUAUUGGUUUUUUUUUUUGGUUUUUUUAUUGAAAUGACAAGCUUUGACCUGGCUUCUCAACCCCCUGGUUGAAGCGGAAGCACAGUUAAACCACUGACACAGGGCCACAGACUCGGCCACUGCACGAGAAUAUACCUCCUUAUGAAGACCUCUUCAUGUAUGAGAUUUCUGUUUACCUUGAGGCCAAAUAUUUUAUUGUAUGACGGCAAAUCUUACUUUAUGUUCUACAUGCCAGUGAUUGAGAAGCUGGCUCUAAUGAAGGUGCCCUGGGUAUUCCCCUCAUCUUGUCUUGCAGUGUAGAGUCCUCACACAAAAUGAUUAAAUGUGUAAUAUUUGAUGUGGAUAAUGUUUAGAUACUGCUUGUUGCAAAUGUAUUUGCUAAAUAUAAAUGCAUAUCAAAAGGGGGAAAACAAUGUAGCCAUGGUUAUGGUUUUUAUUUUAUUUUAUUAUUUUAUUUCUGUUUUUACCACAGGGGCCCCCAUGUAUGUACAUGCAGUUUGAGUGGGGUAUGGCUUUUUUAUUUUAUUUUUUACAUACAUUCUGUUACCAGAAAUUCAUUUAUUAACGUGUUCAUGUAAUAACUUUAUAAAUUCAUAGAGGAUUAAAGGCAAUAGAAUAUUGUACACAAUUAAUAAAAUGAAAUAUGGAAGUGU